UGUACGUGUACAUCCAGACAUUUGUUGUCUAUAGUCGGUGCAUUUCUAACCUAUCAUAUUUAUAAAAUAAAAGUCGAGCUUUGACAUAGGUGCAAAAUGAGACAGCUGAAAGGAAAACCGAAAGAGUCUAGUAGAGAAAAAAAAUUACGCAAAAAGGAAUUCCAAGAACUAAAAAGAAAGGUAUUUACGAUAGCCCUUCCAACCAUAGCUGCUGUGUUUCUCUUCAUUGUAGCAUAUGUAUACAUUAAAACCAGGCCAAAAGGCUACGUCGACUGAACUCAACAAUCUAUGCAUUUAUUAAUGCUUAAAUCAUGUUCUAAAUAUUGUUACAAUAAAUGUUUUAUUUUUAUAAAUAAAUUUUACUAUUACUGCUUA